UUAAAUAUUGCAGCAAACUAAAAACCAACCAUCAGACUCGAUUCAUUCACAUCUGCUCAGUGGGGCGACAAGGACAGGGCUUUAGGUGGGAAAGAGGGCAGAAAAAAGUUCACUUUCCCCUGCCGGGUGCCAAGAGAACGGGACAGGACUCAACUUUGCGGGAGCCGCAACUGUGUGUCCCUCCCUACCCCACCCUUCAUUUUGCAGUGCUACGGACCGAUCAUGGGUGACUGGAGUUUUCUGGGUAAUAUUUUAGAGGAAGUCAACGAGCACUCUACGGUGAUCGGCCGGGUGUGGCUCACGGUGCUCUUCAUCUUCCGUAUCCUCAUCUUGGGCACGGCAGCAGAAUUCGUGUGGGGUGACGAGCAGUCCGACUAUGUUUGCAACACACAGCAGCCUGGAUGCGAGAAUGUGUGCUACGAUGAGGCCUUCCCAAUCUCCCACAUCCGCCUGUGGGUUCUGCAGAUUAUUUUUGUGUCCACGCCGUCUCUGGUGUAUGUUGGCCAUGCUGUGCACCACGUCCACAUGGAGGAGAAACGUAAGGAACGAGAGGAGGCAGAGCUUAGUCGGCAACAGGAACUAAGCGAGGAGCGUCUACCUCUGGCACCUGACCAGGGAAGUGUCCGAACAACCAAAGAGACCAGCACCAAAGGAAGCAAGAAGUUUCGCCUUGAAGGCACCCUGCUGAGAACCUACAUAUGCCACAUAAUCUUCAAGACACUAUUUGAAGUGGGUUUUGUGGUAGGCCAGUACUUUCUUUAUGGCUUUCGCAUCCUACCAUUGUACAAGUGCAGCCGCUGGCCCUGCCCAAACACAGUGGACUGCUUUGUGUCUCGCCCAACAGAGAAGACUGUCUUCAUCAUCUUUAUGUUGGCUGUGGCCUGUGUCUCGCUAUUUCUCAACUUUGUGGAAAUUAGUCACUUGGGUCUGAAGAAAAUUCGCUUUGUCUUUCGUAAGCCAGCUCCAGCCCCAGCCCAAGGUGACAGUACCACCCCGAUGCCGCCACAAGGAAAAGGUCUGCCCCCGCUGGCUGUUUCCUCUUUGCAGAGAGCAAAAGGUUACAAAUUGCUAGAGGAGGAAAAAGUUCCACCUUGCUCUCAUCUCUACCCUCUUGCUGAAGUUGGGAUGGAGGCUGGCAGAGGGACCCCACCCUUCCAGGAAGUGAAGGUGGAGGAAGUGCUGCCCAUGGAGGACAUCUCUAAGGUGUAUGAUGAGACUCUGCCUUCCUACAGCCAAACAACUGAGACAGGGGGAGUGACGUUGACGUUACAAGAAGAGCAAGCUGAGGAGGUGCCGCCACAAGAGGUGGAAGCAGAGAGAAUAGAGGAAGGUCUAGAUGAGGAUGUGGAGAUAGAGGAAGCUGUGAACACAGAGGUGGUAACCCCUGCCGAGCCAGAGGUGGAGGCGACGGAUACGAUAGAAGACACCAGACCUCUGAGUCGACUGAGCAAAGCAAGCAGCAGGGCCAGGUCAGAUGAUCUCACCAUAUGAACCUGUAAGAGAAAGCAGAGUCAUGCUUUUACAAAUUCAACAUCAGAGAGAACAUAUGCAAUGAAUUCAAAGCAGUGCAGGUAGAUGAAAAAGUUGAUGAAAAAGAAUAUGGACAGGGAUAGAGAAAAAAGCUUCUGCAGAAAGCAAAAAAAAAUAAAAUAAAUAAAAACAAACAAAGCAAUUAAAACGGUUUAGAGUGUUUGAGGUAAAAUGGAAUAUAAAAUUAGGGCUUAAAGAGGGGACUUUUUUACUUAGUGUGUACUUAUUUUAAAAACAGGAGAUGUUUUUACUUAAUGAAAAUCUUAUUUUCAGUUUUUAGACAUCUUUUCUAUUGAAAGAGUUAUAGCUAUGUAUAAUGGAGAAAUAGGCACUUGUAUACAAGAGUAGAGUAGAUAGGGGAAGGACUCCUAGAAUGUCUGCAAGUCGAUGCUUUUGCUGCAGAUGGACGAUGACUUUCGUAUUCAGGCAGUGACAGUGAAAAGCUAACUAGUGGCCACAGACAUUUCUGUCUAAGAAUGUUUCUGCACAGAACACAACUGCUGGCAAAGUUAACAGGUACACAGAUGUUUAGAAGCAACAGUCUGUUUUAGGUUCAGAGGGGCGUACUUCUUUUGCACAUUCAGAGACUUCAACUCUGCAAGGCCUUUAACCCUCAUAACACCUCAUCUACUCAUCCAUUUAUGCAAGAUUCUUUCAAGAGAAGAGGGAUAUGCAUCAGUUACUGAGCAUUUCUCUCCUUUUUGUGUUUAUGUGCUAGACGGUAAAGCCGAAGCAUAGUCUUUAAGAAUAAAAAUUAUAAAAAAAAAAAAAAGAACAGAUGUUGAAUGUCUUUUUCAUUGUGAUUUGCAUAUUUUUAUUUUAGAUAUGUAGCUUUUAAUGAAACAGUGUACUGUGUAAUCAGCCCUCUGUGGAAGAGAGAGCAGGGCUCAUUUGAACCAAUCAGAGAGGGGACUGCCGUAGUGACCUUAGGCUAACUCCUCUUUUUGCGUGCUGUACAAAUAGGCGUACAGGCGAUAAAGAUCAUGCAGCAUCAGCACAAACUAUUGUUGUGGAUGAGACAAUAAAAGAAACCAUGCUCAUCAAUGAAAACAGGCAUCCUUGACCUGGGAAAUCACAUUUUAUCUUAAUCUCACAUACGCAUUGUUAUUUAUCAGGACAGUAAAAAAGACACACUAUAAAAUGCAUAGGUUUCAGAGCAUCUGUUCAACAUGCCAAAAACAAUUUAGAUUAAAUACAUCACCAUUAAAGCAACUGAUUUCGGAUAUUAGAAUUGUUGGAAGAAAUAUGAUUUAUAGGGUUAAGAAAGAUUCUAACAAAACUAUUAAAUCUAAUACAAUCCUUGCAAGUAAAUCUUUUUGAGUUAAGUGGUACAUUUACCUUUAUCAAUAACAAGGGUUUUAAUUUAAAGUGAAAACAAAUGUUCACCCUCAAUCUAGCAAAAUUGUUUAAUUCAUAUGGGUUUUUUUUCUCCAUGCUGUACAACUGUUUGCUUUAUCUGUAAAUGUGCAUUCUUGAUUGUAGAAAGUGGAUGUAUUUUUCUGAGACAUCUGUAAACAUCAUAUUUCUCUUUUCUUUUUUUCAAGACAUUAAUAUGUUAUGUUCUGUGUGUUUCAUGUUCCAUAUCCACAAACUCCACAUACUCAUAAAAUAAUGUGCCUGUAAAGCAGUUGUAGUGAUUUGAGCAUCAAUUCCCAGUCUUCAUGCUGCAUAAAUUUGUGCCAUUUAUGUAGCAUUCAAAGUGUUUUUUGUCAAGAUUAUAAUUGGACAAGUACUUCUCCCUUAGCGGAGGCAUAUAUAUAUAACCCCUUUGUGAACCCCUCUACAUCCCCUCAUAUCUGCACACCUUCAUGAUCCAAUGCCAAAACAAGUUAAAAGUGCACAAUGAUGUCAUGCUCCAAAGAUAACACUGGGUCUUUUUUUACAUUAAAUGGCUGGUAAUGUAUGAAUUUUUUUGUACUUUGAAACUGUAGAAUUACCUGUAUGUUUGUAUGAAGACACAAUUAUUAAUAUUUGGGAAAAAACAAAACAGAAAAAAUACAAAUCCUUUUUACUAACUUGUAGUCUUCUCUGCUUAUAGAUCAUUUUGAAAUGUGAAUAAAUACAAUAAAAAGUCAACCAAGGA